AUUAAAUACCAAUUGAAAAUAUAUGGAGCCAAACGAAGAGCGACAAGAAAACGACAAGAAAGCCGAGCGUCUGGCGAAAAGAAGGGAGCGAAGACGGCAACGUUUGCUCGAGGAGACUGCUGAGGAAAGAGAAACUCGCCUGGGAAAACGCAGAGAAGCAUGGAAAAAAAAGACUGCUGAAGCAAAAGGUAAGCAAAGGGAGUAUCAGAGAGUUUAUAGGCAACAGAAAGAAGCUGCAGAAAGUGCCGAGGAAAGAGAAACUCGCUUGGCGAAACAAAGAGAAGCAUGGGGAAAAAAGACUGUUGAAGCGAAAGGUAAACAAAAUGAUUAUAAGAGAGUUUAUAGGCGAGAGAAACAGGCUGGAGAAAGUGCCGAGGAAAGAGAAACUCACUUGGCAAAACGAAGAGAAGCGUGGCAAGAAAGGACUACAGAAGCUAAAGGUAAGCGAAAAGAGUAUAAGAGAGUGUAUAAUUUAGAUAAAAUGCAAAAUGGGACUGAAGAAGAACGAACAAACAGGCUACAAAAGAGAAAGCAAGACCAAGCAACCGAAACAAUUGAUGAACGAGCAAGAAUACUUGAAAUACUACGAGCAGUUUUUCACACAAGUUCAAAUGAAAAUGACCAAGAAUCAAAUGAGCAGCUGGGUAUGUCUGUUGAUCCAAAUGUAGAUAUACCUGUAUCUGUUCCUAAAGCAGACGAGGAUAGUGAGUCUGUACAUGAAGCAGAGGGGGCAGAGGUGAGUAGAAAUGAAUAUUUACAUGAGGGUGGUUGGCAAAAUGUUGACAACCCUCUGCAUGAGCUAGAGUUUGUACAAAAUGAAAUGCACAGUUUUCAUUUAGAUCAAGAACAUUUAGAGCAUCGACAAUGUACAAUGUGUAAAGAAGCUUGGCCGACACGCCAGAACUUGGCAUCAGAAGUAUACAUUUGUUACCGGUGUAAGAGAGACAAGAAAUCACCCAAGAAAUUCAGUGCGGAGAAUGACAUGGAUCCAGGAAUAGUUCCUGAACAAUUGAGAGGUUUGACACAGGUAGAAGAAAUGUUAAUUUCAAGGGUUUGUCCCAUUAUGAGAGUGUAUAGAAAACAUGGGGGUCAGAGGGGGUAUAAAGGACAUGUACUUAACUUACCACAAGAUAUUCAAAGUUUCUUGAAUAGGUUGCCUUCUCGUGUGGCAGACUUGCCUGUCUUGAUUGUGCGAAGACAUGGUGCAGAAGACACACAUCGAGACUUUACUGUGCGUCGACACAAAGUUCUUGAGGCUGUACUAUGGUUAAAGACAAACAAUCCGUUCUUUAAAAAUAUUGAAAUUGAUAGAGAUGUCAUCCAAAGUUUACCAGAAAAUGGUAUUCCUGAUGAGCUAAGGUAUGUCAUUGAUGAAAAUGAGCUUUCAGUUCAUGUUGAAAAUGAGGGGCCUCCCCAAGACCCAGUAAUGAGUGCUAAUGCAAGUGUGGAAGAGUUAGUUUUAGGAAAUGGCAGUACAUCGUUUAUUCCUAUGCGUCAAAGACAGAGAAAAGAAGGUGCGGCUAUCCAAGAUGCAGUAAAUGAGGUUGAUCCGUUAGACUGGCCAUCUACUGAAGGUAAUCUCAUUAAUGAAUUUAAAACAGAUGGUUUAGCUACUAUGGCCUUUCCUACAUUGUUUCCUUAUGGGAAGGGUGACCCAACAAAUAGGGCAAGACAACAUGGUAUAACGUUAACCGAAGCUUUCAAACAUUUAAUGAAGUUUGCAGAGAGGCUUGCAGAUGGUAAGUUUGAAUGGAGGUUUGCUUCUCACCCUCGGUUUCCUUAUUGGGCGUUAAACAUGAAACAACGACAUCAGCUGUUGUCACAAGCAAACGUUUACUUGCGUCAACAUCCUGCUGAUGCAAACAUGACAAUGGAAGAACUAAAGCAGAUGGUCAAUUCCAUGAGUGCAAAUCAAAUGGUAAAUAGGUUGCAGCGCUAUGUGUCCAAAGUACAAGGUACGAAUCAGUAUUGGUAUCAGCGGCUGCAGGAAUUGCUGGCCCUGAUUGAACAAAAAGGCUGCCCUACUUUUUUCUUUACCUUUAGUGCAGCUGACAUGCAUUGGCCAGACUUACAGAGGCUGUUGCAGAAUGAUGAAGGUGCAAGCAGAUCUGAGCGAGCACAAGCUGUAAUCGACAAUCCCCAUCUGACUGAUUGGUUUUUUAUGCAGCGGCUGCAGGAGUUUGUCAGACAUUGGCUUAAUGGCGUCUUGGAUGCUGAGUGGCACUGGUAUCGAUUUGAGUACCAAGCUAGGGGAAGUAUUCAUUGCCAUGGAUGUGCAAAGUUAAAAAAUGACCCUGAUAUUAGAGAAUUACGUAAUAAAGCAUGUGUUGCAUUCCUAGAGAGUGAGACAACAAGGUACGAAAUGUCACCUGAUGAUUUUGAAUUCCUUUGCGGGAAUGUGAUAAGACAGGGAGAAGAUGCUGAGAAGUUGUUAAUACAGUAAGAAAAAAUAUUUUCCAUAUUAAUGUUUCCAAUGCGUACCGUACGUACAGGUAGAUCAAGCUAACUGUGCAGAAUCUGUUGUGGGAUAAUUGUUUCAAUAAUAAAAUUUUAUCCUGCAACAGGCCUUCAAAUGCAUGUAUACCGGCACAAUACCGGAUCAUAAUUAAUGCAGUAGUUACACAAUACCGGACUCGCUUCUCAUAGUGCAGGUCAAAUGUUCAUGUCAACUACUGUAAAAAGCGAAUUUUGUAUUAUGCAUGUAUUAACCACUGCUGCCUAUUUUGGAUAUUUAAUAAUAUGACUACUACUGUAAAUUAAAAGGCAGGAUAAACUACUGUACACAACUUUUGCCUAAAAUUGUCGCAUACAACCUGCUUAUAUGCAUGUAUACAACUUGAGUGUACUGGGUGAACCAGCACACAACUAUGCCUAUGACAACGUAAGUGAGUAAAUGCAAGUCUAAUACAGUGAAUAACAGUGUCAACUUGUGUCCUUGAUAAUUUACACAGUAAAACUCAAGUUGUACAAGCAGGUUGCAUAAGGCAAAAGUUGUGUAGUGUAAAUCUGCCUUAAUACACAAAACACUCACCAAAUAUCCAGCUAAUAAUAUAUGCAGAUAGCCAAUCUCCACAAUUUUGAAAGGUCUUUCGCCCAUCUUUUUGAUUAUUAUGCAUAUUUUAUUAUAUUAUAAUACGGUAGUAUUAACGACAUUAUAAACUUUGCUACAUUAAAAUUGAAAAAGUAACAAUAUUUUACAUGUAAACAAAAAUUCCUUAUAAAAUUCCUUAAAAGGUUUCAAUUUUCCUCAAAGGAAUUUUCAAUAAUUUUUGAAGAUUUCAUUGGAAUGUAAGAAAUUACAUAAAUAGAAAGUGGAAAUUUAACUGUGGUCAUACAGGUUUCACAGGAAAAUGUUUCACUCAGUCAAUGGUGUGAUUAAAACUGUUUUAUGACUAAUUCGGUAACAUUUGGCUAAUAGAAAAAGCGCACAUGUUUAAUAAUAAGUUAUGAUUAUUUUAAAGGUAUGUUGACUGGCUGGUGACAACUUUUAAUGAGGAAUUGCCAGAUGAAAAUUGGAGGAUACCAGACCCUCACCCAUCUGCUGUUAGCGCUACAACAGUGGAUAAUCGUGACAAUGAUUAUCACAGGUUAGUUAAUACUGUAGAACGACACACUAGAUGCAGUCCAGCAUAUUGUUUGAAACAGAAAAGAGUGGACCUGCUUGCAGAAUGCAGAUUUGGUUUUCCAAAGCCAUUACAGGAAGAAACAGAACUGAGUCUUGAGCUAGUGGUGGGUAAGAAUACUAAGUCUGUUGAGUCUGAGUUACACACCAAACGAAAUGAUCAAAGGUUAAAUUCACAUAACAGGGUGAUGCUCGAAAACUGGCGGGCUAAUGUAGAUUUGCAAGUCAUUGUAGAUGAGAAAGCUUGUGCAAGAUACAUGGCCAAGUAUGCUGCGAAAGGAGAACCCCGAUCGAAAUCAGCGUCAGAAAUACUAAAAUUGUCUGUGUCCUCAUUACAGAAUGAUGAUCAAGUCUCUUCGGCCUUCAAGAAAGCAAUGAUCCAAGUUGCUGGAGAUAGAGAUAUGGCAGCACAAGAAACUGCGCACAUGCUACUUAGUCUACCACUGAUUGGCUGCACAUUUAGUUUUGUUACUAUUUCUUUAGAUAACAGCAGGAAGGUUAAUAUUGAUGCAGAAAAUGAAGGUGAUGAGGUACUUCAAAAAUCUGCGCUACAAGAAUAUGCAGAACGUACAAAAUUGAAGAGUAGGUAUACAGGCUUGUCUCAGCUAAAUCUGAUGCAAUAUGUGUCAGAGUAUACCAAAGUCAGAGGUGAGUUGUCAAAACGAGCGAAUCCGUACAUUGUCAGGACAUUUCCAAAGAUUUCCGCUAAUCCUGUUGGUCCUGAUUUUGGAAAAUACUGCAAAUAUCAACUAAUAAAGUUUAAACCAUGGGAGGGUCAACCAUCAAAUGCUUGGAACAACGAGGAUGAAAGUGAUCAAAUGUUUAUUAAUGCAUAUGAAUUUUUUCUUAUGACAGAUGAAUUUGCGGAAGAAAAUGUGUUUAGGUAUUCCGAUGAAACAGACAGAGUUCAUGAUGCGCAAUGUGGUCAAACCUUUGAAAACGAUCCAAGUGACAAUCAAGAUGAUGACGACGAAAGUGAAGUUGACCCUGAUGAUGAGGAGGAAGUCGAUGAUUGGAUGUUGUUAUGCAGAAUUAACCAAGAUUAUGGUGAAGCAGGGAAUCGGAUGUCAGACAAUGAAGCAGUGGACUGGUUUGAAACGGUAAGAGCUGUGCCUAAAGAUUUGUUAAGGGAAUCUCCGGGAUGGAUCUAUAGUCAAAGAAAGGAGGCUGAAGAACAUGGUCAGCAUUUUCGAGAAGAUGAUCAACAAUGUGUAAUUGAUCCGGGGACCCUGAAUGAAAAACAACGCCUUGCUUACGACAUCAUCACAUCUCAGAAUGGUGAUAAUGCCGAGCCUGUUUAUAUGAUUGUGUGUGGAACAGCUGGCACAGGUAAGACAUACUUAAUAAGUGCAACGAAACAAGUAUUAGCCGCCCAGUGUGUUGUUACAGCAACUACUGGUAUUGCAGCCUUUAGUAUUAAUGGUCAAACAUUACAUUCUGCUGCUCAACUUCCUAUCCGUGAAUAUAGGGAUUUGCAGGGUGACUCACUACAGCGGUUACAGCUGAGGCUAGAAGGUAAAAGAUUUCUGAUUAUUGAUGAAAUGUCAAUGAUUGGACAUAAAAUGCUAUCAUGGCUGGACAAUAGAUUACGUGCUGGUACUGGAAAGCAAGAUAUCCAUUUUGGUGGUAUGUCAGUAAUUCUAAUGGGGGACUUUGGUCAAUUACCACCUGUUGGUGAUAAGCCAAUGUAUGUUUCAGGUAACGGAAGAGCAGUAAGUGACCAUGGACAUAGUCUGUAUCUGAUGUUUGAGUCUGUCGUUAUUUUAGAUCAAGUUAUGCGUCAGGCUGGUGAGGACCGCGAGUCAAUUGCUUUUAGAGCCUUGCUGCUGAGAAUGCGAAAUGGAGAAGUGACAGGGGAGGACUGGAAACUAUUGUUGGAGCAUUCUACAACAAAUGUACCAAUGGAUCAAUUCACUGAUGCCAUCCGAUUGUACUUUGACAAGAAAAGUGUUGCUGAAUACAAUUACGAGAAGCUAUUGCAGCUUGGACAACCUGUUGGUAAAAUUCAGGCAAAGCAUUCUGGUCAUGGUGCCAGUGCGGCCACGUCGGACGAAGCUGGUGGAUUGGACGCUGUUCUGUUUUUAUCCACAAAAGCAGAAGUAAUGCUAACUUGCAACCUGUGGGCUGAAGUUGGUCUCUGCAAUGGCUCAUUUGGCACUAUCGAGCAGAUUUGGUUUGCAGAGAAUAUGGGUCCACCAAACCUGCCAAUAGCAGUAUUGGUACACUUCCAUAGUUACUCUGGUCCUGCAUUUUUAGAUUCAUGUUGUAAAUGUAUACCUGUGCCACCAAAAGUGUUUGAAUGGGUGGCUGAUGGAAAGUACUUGUCAAGGCAACAAGUGCCCUUGCGGUUAAGGUAUGCAAUGACUAUUCAUAAGUCACAAGGACAGACACUAACAAAAGCUGUUGUUGAUUUAGGUAAAGGAGAAAAAGUUGCAGGAUGCACAUUUGUAGCUACAUCGCGGGUAAGAUCGAUUCAUGAUAUUGUGUUUGAACCUAUGACAUUUGAUCGCCUGAAAGCAAUUGGUAGGAGUAAAAAUAUGCAAAAACGACUCGAAGCUGAACAGCGACUUAAAGUGCUUGCAGAGAAAACUGUCCAAACAUAUAGUACAAGUACGUCAUGAAUUGUCAUUCAAUAGUUGUGGUGUUUGAGCACCAGUAUACUGGGCACAUAUACUGUGCUUUCGAGGUUAUUUCGCCUGUUACUAGGCACAAUUUUAGAGGUGUAGUACACAAGUUUCAAAUCACACCAUCAGGGCCGCUUAGAGAGCACACAUUCCAACUCUCCCGAUUUAACCAGGACUCUCCUGAAAAUUCAUGCAGUCUCAUGGUCUCCUGAUUUUUGUUACUUUUUAUUAUUUUUCCCCUAGAUUUAAAUUCACUGAACAGUCUCCCUAAAUUUUACCUCCAGUAAUUGGAAUGUCUGAGAGGGGGAGGUUUCAAUUUGCCCGGGACCCCAGAUAAAAGGGGGGGACGGGGGUGGUCUAAAAGGUGUAAUUUUAAAAAAUUAUCUGGAGCAUUUUUUAUAUACUGUAAGUAAUGGUACGAGAGAAAUCUUUUGGACUUUAAAUUUACUGGUAUUAGUCAGAAAAUAUGGAAAAUGUCUUUGAACCUAAUCAAUUUUACUUGUAUUUGUCUGGAAUUUUUUUUAAUCUUUUUUGGAUAUGUUUGUGAACCCCCCUCCCCUGCCAACAUUUUUUUUGAAAAAAUAUGGGAAUUUUUAAAAAUUUGCCCCAGGACCCCAAAUUUCCCCGUGCAGCCCUGCAUACCAUGUACCAAAGUAAAUAUCUAUGCCUCUAUUAUUGUGUUUUUGAGGAAGGCAUUCAGGGAGUUUGUCAUUGCCUGUUACCUAGACAUAAUAUUUAUAUUAUGUUUCUGAGGUUGGCUCUAAUGACAUUACUGUAUGUCUUAUGACAUAUGCUGUACAGUAGAACAAUGUUACGACAUACUGCCAUUAUAACAUUUAAAACUUUGUAAAUAUUAAUAUUUUAUAUCUUUAUUAAAAGUCUAGAUACUGAAGCAAAUUUAUAUAAAAGGUAAGUUUCUUUUCCAUCCCUAUAUACCUAUAUACAGUUCACUCUACUAUAUUAAGUGAAUAUUGUGUGUAUCACUAUGGUUACCAAAAACUCUCACGCAACGAUGAUACGAAGUAAUAAAUACGAAGCGCGCGAAAAUUUGAUUUUGAGCCUCGCAGGGCAUUUGGAGUUUAACAGUAUGUUUUUUUUCCGAAAAAAUGCUAUUUUUAAAUUUGUCUAUAUUUAAAAACUACAAUUAUUUGUAUAAUAUAUAUGUUUUGAGAAGAAACUACUUUAUUUGGUGGGUUUUUCUAUUUCAAUUUCAUCUUUUUAAACAUUUUUUUUCUUCUUUUUUAUAGAUUAAUUUAAAGGAUAUUAACGGAAAGGUACGAGUAUAUUUUUAAUAUAUUUACUGUAUAUGUAUGCUCCUGAGAUAGUCUAAAACAGCCUCUAAUGUAUUUUAAUGAUACAACAAGUUGCCUGCUAAUUUAUAUUAAGCAUUAAAAAACAGUUUUCAAUAUUAUAAAUACAAAUUGCCUUCUGGAAGAGGAAUUUUAUUGUAGUGUGCUACUAAUGCUAACUGGUCUUCCAUGUUUUCUUUUACAGCAAAGGACAAAGUUUAAAACAAGUAAGUUGAAUAAAGUAAACUGCUUUAAUUGUUAAAUGAAUAUGAAUAUACAUGUAUAAUUUGAAAAAUAUUUCAAAGAGCUUUCUGAGUUGUUUAAUUUAACUAAUGAAAGUACAUUUUAAAGGGGCCGUACAGUAUUUUUUUAGUCAAGGAAGUAUUGUUUACAUUUUUUUGUUAUUGUCGCUACUUGACAUGCGUACUACUGCAUGCAUGCGUUUUCCUGUGUGCGAAAAUAUUCAUACUCAUGGAUAAUGCUUGUACAUGUAAGAUACAGCCAAACAAAUCCUUGUGGAGUCCCUGGCUUUUCAACUAAAAAAUGACUGUAGGGCCCCAUUAAGAACUCUUCAUUGUAAAUCAUUUCCAUGCAACUAAUGCGUAUACUGUAUCUUGUGAAUUUUAGUGGAAAAUAAUGAUGACAAUAUUCUUGGUAUGUACAAUUAAUACUGUAUGUAUUUAAUAUACAAUAGCUAGGUUAUAUAUAUAUAUAUAUAUUAAUAUACACUCAGUAUUUAUAUUUAUGCGGGUUCACAGAGCCGUGCGAACUGGUAUCUCAAUGGGGUAUCACAAAAAAAAGUUUCCGAUGUUGUGUUUCUGAGAACAAAAGUUGCAAAAAUUUUUCACAACAGUUCUUUUCAACCAAAAUUUUCCAGAAAAUUUCAUAAUACUGUAAAUACAGACCUAUACCUGGUACAGGAUACCAAUUAACAAAAAAUUACCAGAGGUUAAAUUUCAAUACACUUUCAGUACAACACUGUGUUUUAAUUUUAUUAGAUGAGACUCCGUAAGGAAAUAUAACUUAAAUAAAAACUAUUAAUACUGGUACUGAGAAUGUAAUUUCGUAUAAUCUAUAUUGUAACAUGAUAACUUUAACUAAUUAAUAAAACCUUCUAACAAAACCUUUUUUAUUUUAGAUGGACUGGUUGAUGAUGGUAAUUAA